AUGAGGCGGGCCGCCCUGAGUUUCCAACGAAACAGGUGUCUGCGAUAUUCGUUUCCUAUACACGUUUGUUCGUUGACGACGAUUUGUCGGCAAUCAGCUCAAAGGCAACGUCAAAAUAUUCUUCCAACGAAUCUUAGCGAAGAUUGCAGCAACGACUGGAGUCAGCAAAACAAACAGAACCUCGCCCCUUUCCUCCCAGUCCAUGGCGAACGGUGCUUGCAAACCUGUUAG